AUGUCGACUUGUCUUCAGAAAGUCUUGCCCCAGUUGAAGAAGCCGGGACCGAGUCCGACGUCCACUUCUGUACCAUCGAACUUUCGAUUCUUGAGCUUGCGCUGCCUCGCGUCGGGCGUCCGAAACGGGUUUAACAAGGUGAUUGCAUCGGCGCAGCUGGUGAUUCCUGUCGAUGUGGCAGAGGCAGAGGCUGAUACGCUGGAAUCUGGACAGGAGGCUGCUGUGAUCGCUGCGCACACUGAUGAUCGACACACAAGCGCGCUUGGUGGCUUGGAAAUUCCGAAAGGUCGAGAGCGUCAUGGUAAAGCUGCCCGCGAAGUCCGCGCCAAGCAUUGA